AUGGCCAUCGUCGUCACUCCUCCCCCGCCGCCGUCGCCCGCGUCCCCUGGUGAGCGGGCCGUCGUCGGCGACCACCACCACCAGGUCCCUCGCAAACCUCUCGCGCGCGCCAAGUCGAAGCGUAAGACGAUUAUGGAAUUUAUUGACGGGUGGUGGGAUCUCGGAUUGUUGGAGGCGCAGAGGCAGAAUAAACUUGCCAGGGCGGCUUCGUCCAAGGUCCCUAAAGCCUGA